CAUAUUUCCGAGCUUAUAAAAACAUUAAUUCCAUAGAGCAAAAAUAUUAAAAAGAGAUGCCAAGUUAUUCACUCAUAUCCCUGAAUGCUUUCAGGUCUCCUGGUCCUGACCGGAGCCCUAUGGGGGUGCACGAACCCCUUCAUCCGACAGGGCACCAAGGGCCUGCGAGAUGUCCGAGCGAAAGGCUGGCUGGGGCAAGCAGUGGCUGAAGUUUCUUUCUUAUUGGGAAACUGGAGGUACGUGAUGCCCUGGUUGGUCAACCAAUCGGGCUCGCUAGCCUACCUGGCAGCGGUGCAGCGCGCGCCUCUCGCUUGGUACCAAACGUACGUGGUCCCGUGGCUGGUCAACCAAUCUGGCUCGCUAGCCUACCUUGCAGCGGUUCAGCGCGCGCCGCUCUCGCUGGCGGUUCCCGCUGCCAACAGCCUCGCAUUCGCAUUCACCGCCGUCGUCGGUGCCGCUGUGGGCGCGGAGGAGCCCCUCGAUAAGGGUUCUAUACUCGGUGUGGUCCUAAUCGUGGCCGGCACUGCACUGUGCUGCUUGGACAAAACUAGUUGAUGGAAGUUGUAAGUUC